AAUCAAUCACCGCGUCUUCCAUUAACAUAUCAUCGUCGACGAGGAAGAAGAUCGAGCAAAUCAAUAUUCACGAAUGAUUUGCAGCUGAACCCCUCUUAGAUCUGAAGGGAAACUUAUCGCUAUCUUCCUCUUGUCCUAUGUGCACUGCGACGACAACUCCGUCAUUUCCAAGAUGACCUUGCAUCGAAAGAUAGCCACUGGUAAUCGAGUAGGUUCGCAUACCAGUAUCAGGAGUCAUCUGCUCUGAGAUUAACCUCGAAGUAAAAUCAACAUGGGGAGUCGACUCGAGAGUAACUCAAAUGCUGUGCGAAAACGCAUAGAGAGCCAUACUUUCUCAGAUGAAGCCGGCGAGGAGUAUGAGCCUAGUGCUUUCGGAGGCUUUGGAGAUUACUUCCGUCGCAAGAAAAUCAAGUUACAGAAUCUUGACUCGGAGCUGAGAGCUUCAUCGUCAGAUAAGCCCGCGAUAUUUAAAGGAGUUGUCGCGCAUGUCAUCGGUUACACACAGCCUCCGCUUCCGGUUCUUCACCGCGAGUUGGUUCAACAUGGCGCCGGGUUCCUCCAAUACCUGGAUUCUAAGACUAUGGCUACUCACAUCAUAGCAUCUAGCCUACCGCCGAAAAAGAUGGUUGAUUUUAGCAAGUACAGGAUAGUUAAACCUGCUUGGGUAACCGAUUCUAUCAAGGCUGGAAAACUUCUCCCAUGGUCGGAAUACCGGGUGAUUGAGGAGACUCCCAGGCAGAAGACAUUGAAACUAAACGGAAAUGGGAUAUCCACCCAAUCUAGUCCACAGCAAUCACCCCUAGCAGGAUAUCGGGAACAGACCGAGAACAGUUUCUAUACUAGUCAGCUGAAAGAUAUUGCGCAGUCAAUUGAUGGGAGGCAUAUCGGGGAUAUUUCGCCUACCCAACCAGGGCCGGCCGCUCCAGGUGCUCAAUAUACUGAGUCUAGUGGGCCCACAACACCCUCGAGAUUACUGUGGAAGCCGCAAGAUUCAUCCGGUAUAUCCGGUAAAUCAGCCAAGGACCCGGCCAUGUUAGUUGACGAUACGGAAGCUACAGUCAGCGCCGCGGAUGGAGACCCAAACGCCAUGGUUAUGGAUGAAGUAGAAGAUGAUGCCCAGCCCGGACCGUCUCUUGAACAGCAAAAAGCCAUGACAUCCGAAGAGCAUAACGCACUUCUACUUCAAGACCCUCGGAUGAGGAAAUCCUCUACUGCAAAUCCGGAUUUCAUUCAGCAGUAUUACUCCGAGAGCCGACUCCAUCACUUAUCAACAUGGAAAGCCGAGCUAAAGUCUAGGAUGCAGAGGUUGGCAGCUGAAAAAGGCCCUCAAAGGAAGCCAAUGAAAAGGAAACCAGGUGCGAGACGAUACGUAAUGCAUGUCGAUUUCGAUAGCUUUUUCUGCGCAGUCUCACUGAAAAGCGCGCCUGAUUUCGUUGACAAGCCUGCUGUUGUCGCGCACGGGACGGGAUCUGGUUCGGAAAUCGCAAGCUGCAAUUAUCCAGCAAGGAAAUAUGGCGUCAAAAAUGGUAUGUGGAUGAAGCGAGCCAAGGAAUUAUGUCCUGAGCUCAAAGUACUACCAUAUGACUUCCCGGCGUAUGAAGAAGCCAGCAAGCUAUUUUACGAAAGUAUAUUAGAAGUUGGUGGGGUUGUGCAGAGCGUCAGCAUUGAUGAAGCCCUUGUGGAUAUUACUUCCGUUGUUCUAUCUGCGGUUGGUUCAGAUGGCUCUGGAGUCGAUGAAGGCAGUUUGUGGAGGGAACAAGAAAAGGCGGACCAAAUGGCUUUAGCUUUGCGUGAUCAAAUCAAACAGAAAACAGGGUGUGCUGUUUCUGUCGGAAUUGGCAGUAAUAUUUUAUUAGCAAAGGUCGCCCUUCGGAAAGCUAAGCCAGCGGGUCAAUUUCAGAUCAAACCCGAGGAUGUAUUAAAUAUCCUCGGAGACUUAAAAGUUGAUGAUCUCCCUGGGGUCGCGUACAGCAUUGCAGGCAAGCUGGAGGAGAUUGGUGUGAAAUUUGUUAGCGAUGUUCGGCAGACUUCCAAGGAACGCUUGAUUAAUACCCUUGGACCGAAGACAGGCGAGAAACUCUUCGAGUAUGCUCGUGGUAUUGAUCGCACUGAAGUUGGUGAACAACCAAUUCGAAAGUCUGUCUCGGCUGAGGUCAAUUGGGGUAUCCGAUUUAUUAGCCAAGAGGAAGCAGAGGAGUUCGUAUUCAAUUUGUGCAAGGAGUUGGAAAAGCGUCUACUCAAUGAACAGGUCAAGGGCAAGCAGCUUACAAUGAAAAUUAUGCGACGUUCAUUCGAUGCCCCUCUCGAUCCACCCAAGCAUUUAGGUCACGGCAAAUGCGAUACCUUCAACAAGAGUGUUAUGUUUGGAGUUUCGACUCACGACUAUCAAAUACUGGGUAAAGAGGCCGUUUCAAUUCUUCGCUCCUACAAAUUCAGCCCCGGGGAUCUUCGUGGCCUUGGAGUUCAGUUGACCAAACUUGAGCCCAUCAAAACUUCGAUAUCUGGUCCCGAUGGAAGCCAGAAGAAGCUUACGUUUGGAUCAUUCCGUCCCCCGAGCUCGGCAAAAAAGCCGAAUAUGGAGCAAAUACAAGAUGAAAAUGAUAUGGAAGAACCCAAAUCGAAGCAGAGUCGAGGUGAAUCAGAUCCAAUUACGGACAGUCCUUUGACUCCACGAAAGCCGAAACCAGAGAUCCGUCACCCAGCUUUUAGUAUAUCACGAGCGAAUGAAGCAGACGCCAAGGCGAAUACCCCUUUGAAUAUUGGUGGAACUCAAUUCAUCAUGCCAUCAAAUCCAGAUCCUGCCGUGAUUGCGGAACUCCCUCCAGAUAUCCGAAGCAGGCUUAUGGAGCAAGGUAGUAGAGGAGUUUCAGAAACUCGCGAAGCACAAACAACGAAGUCAAGAAACCAAAGUCCAGCACCUAGGGAUGAAAUACCUCCCGAGAUCGACCCAGAAGUGUUCAAUGCUCUACCAGACGACAUGAAAGCCGAAGUUCUAGAACAAUACAGACCUAGAAGCAGACAGAAUCCACGUCCUCAAUCGCCACGCAAAGAUCGUCUCAUCCAGCCACCGAAGCAAAAAACUCCAACAAAACGCCGCGUCCCGGGUAUUUUCGCGCGAGUCCGCGAGCGACAAGCAGACGCCAACGCCAAAAUCGUUCAAACAACCUUCAAACACCAAGCAGACCACGCCGGACCAAGCGACAUCGAAGAACUCGACCAAGACUUCCUGGCCGAACUCCCCGAAGAAGUCCGCAAAGAAGUCAUCGCCGACCACCGACGCCGCCGCGCCCAGCGCUCAGGUCUAGAUCUAUCCAAACUAGGCCAAAAUAAAAACCAAGACGCAGAUAACAACGCCGCUCUUCCAGGCGGACAGAUGAAACUCCGUUUCGGCCCGAAACCCGCUAAAAUCGCAUUUACUACAAAUGGAUUAACGACAUUACCUGAGAUCAGAGAUAUGCUCAACGUAUGGCACCGAGAAACACGCGAUGAGGGACCUCAUCGACGGGAUGUUGAUAUGCUUGAAAAAUACCUAGUCCGCGUCGUAUUGGAAGAGAAGGAUAUGGAUAAAGCCCAGAAAUUAGUCCGGUGGUUGGAGUAUCUAGUUGAAGAUAGCGAUGAUGGCGGUGAAAAUAAUGAAAGGUCUCAAGGGAAAGAGGCCUGGCUUAACGCCGUAAAGCAUGCUAAGCAGGAAGUACAGAAUGCGGUGCAAGCGAGGGGACUGGGACCAUUGGAUAUAUAAUUACACGACGAUAAGUAUUGGUCCAAAGUCAUGAUUUGUACCUACUAAUAAUCACGACGACUUCAGUACCUACGUAAUUAACACAACAAAACAAAUACAAUAAUAAUAUCUAA